AUGGCUGCGGCGUUACGACAUGACGCCAGCACUCGCGCCAACAAUUCAAUUUUAACAUUUCUUGUGGUGGGUAAUGCGCAGUUGUGCGAAAAAGUAACUCAGUCACUCCAUCAAUCAGCGCGGGAACAAAACACUCGCAUAACCGUCCACCAAAGUGAGUCAAUAACCCAAAUUUUGAGGCACAAAAUAUCAUUAGCCACUGAUUUUAUUAUUUUUAUAAUUAACGGCGAAGCCAGUCACACUGUACUCGAGGUAGAAGCAAAUUUAAAUAUCAUUGACAAACAUUUUAUAAUAACUGGUACAGUUUUAAUUGUUUAUUGUAAUGGUCCAACCCUAUAUUCAAAUGUAAUUCAUCAUAGAUCAUGUCGACUUGCUAACAAAUAUUGUCUGCGUCGAAUUUUAUGUGUCAACAUCAACAAUCCAGCGGAUUGUCUGCGCUUGGGUCACCGCGUCUUAAAUCUAUCAAAGGGAAUCCUAAAUCUAAGCUCCGGACACCCGAAUAUCGAUUUCUCAUUGAAAAUUGCCGACUAA